GGGAGAGGGGGGAACAGCUUCCUCACAGCGGAAGGAGACGACGGAUCUCCUGCAGGACAAUGUGAGACAGAGAGUUGAUCGGACGCAGUUAGCAGCAUCCAGGAUGGCAGCGGGGCUCGUUUAACGCGCUGUGUGUGUGUGUGAGUGAGUGAAUUACCGCUGCUGAGGACCGGAGGAAGCCGCAGUUGGAGCCGCACUUUGAGUCCGAGCAGCGGCCGCAGCGAUGGGAGCUCUGCGCUGAGGGACAGCGGCGGCGGAGGGCCAACAAACGGGAGAAAGAUGGGUGUCGUGCUGCGGACUCUGUUGUUGUGUAGUUUUUGUUUUGUCAUACGAGGCGUGCCGCUGCUGCUGUAUGCGAACCGCCGCGACCUCCGGCUCGUGGACGCGGCACACGAAAAGGCCAAUGCCACGGUGGUGGUGGGGGGCCUGGAGGAUGCCGCUGCUGUGGACUACGUGUACGCGCAGGGUCUCAUCUACUGGAGCGACGUGAGCGAGGAGGCCAUCAAACGCACCGUCUUCAACCAGUCGGGGGCCAGCGCCAUCCAGAUCGUGGUCCCGGGUUUGGCGUCCCCGGACGGACUGGCCUGCGAUUGGUUGGGCAGCAAACUUUACUGGACGGACUCGGAAACCAAUCGGAUCGAGGUGGCGGAGCUGGACGGGUCUCUGAGGAAAGUCUUGUUCUGGCAGGAGCUGGACCAGCCGAGGGCCAUCGCUCUGGAUCCAGAACGAGGGUACAUGUACUGGACGGACUGGGGCGAGAUCCCGAAGAUCGAGCGUGCAGGGAUGGAUGGGACGAAUCGCUCCAUGAUCAUUGAUAAAGAGAUCUACUGGCCCAACGGGCUGACUCUGGACUACAGCCAGGAGAAACUGUACUGGGCCGACGCCAAACACAACUUCAUCCACCGCUGCAACCUGGACGGCUCCUCCAGGGAGGUGGUGGUUAAAGGGGAGCUGCCUCACCCGUUCGCUCUCACCCUGUACGAGGACACUCUGUUUUGGACCGACUGGAACACCCACUCCAUCCACUCCUGUAGGAAGCAGACCGGAGCCGAGCAACGCAUUGUCCACUCUGACAUCUUCUCUCCGAUGGACAUCCACGUCUUCAGCUCCAAGAGACAAAACAUCUUAGUGAGCAGUCCGUGCUCGGUGAAGAACGGAGGAUGUUCCCACCUCUGUCUCCUCUCUCCGGUGAAGCCAUUCUACCAGUGUGCCUGUCCCACCGGAGUCCAGCUGCUGGAGGACGGGAAGACCUGCAGAGACGGCGCCACUCAGAUGCUGCUGUUGGCUCGGCGGACCGACCUGCGGCGUAUCUCUCUGGACACGCCGGACUUCACCGACAUCAUCCUGCAGGUGGACGACAUCCGGCACGCAAUCGCCAUCGACUAUGACCCGGUGGAGGGAUAUGUGUACUGGACCGACGACGACGUGAAGGCCAUUCGCCGCUCGCUGCUGGACGGCAGCGACGCCCAGUUCGUGGUCACGUCUCAGGUCAACCACCCCGACGGCAUCGCCGUGGACUGGAUCGCCCGCAACCUGUACUGGACCGACACCGGCACGGACCGCAUCGAGGUGACUCGGCUCAACGGGACCAUGCGCAAGAUCCUGAUCUCUGAAGACCUGGACGAGCCCAGAGCCAUCGUACUUGAUCCUGAGGCCGGGUACAUGUACUGGACGGAUUGGGGCGAGGUGCCGAAGAUCGAGCGGGCCGAUCUGGACGGGACGGAGCGUCUGGUGAUGGUCAACACGUCUCUGGGUUGGCCCAACGGCCUCGCCCUCGACUACCAGCAACGCACCAUCUACUGGGGGGACGCCAAGACCGACAAGAUCGAGGUGAUGAACAUGGACGGGACGGGCCGACGGGUGCUGGUGGAGGACAAACUUCCUCACAUCUUUGGGUUCACUCUGCUGGGCGACUUCAUCUACUGGACGGACUGGCAGCGGCGCAGCAUCGAGCGCGUCCACAAACACACGGCGGAGAGAGAGUUCAUCAUCGACCAGCUGCCCGACCUCAUGGGCCUCAAGGCUACCUACGUCCACCAGGCCUUCGGUACGAACCCAUGUGCAGAGAACAACGGCGGCUGCAGCCACCUGUGCCUCUACAAGCCUCAGGGCGUUCAGUGCGGCUGUCCCAUCGGCCUGGAGCUCAUUGUGGACAUGAGGACCUGCAUCGUCCCCGAGGCCUUCCUGCUCUUCUCCCGCCACACCGACAUCCGCCGCAUCUCCCUGGAGACCAACAACAACAACGUGGCCAUCCCGCUCACCGGCGUCAAGGAGGCGUCCGCGCUCGACUUCGACGUCACCGACAACCGAAUCUACUGGACCGACAUCACCCUGAAGACCAUCAGCCGGGCCUUCAUGAACGGCAGCGCUCUGGAGCACGUGGUGGAGUUUGGUCUAGACUACCCGGAGGGGAUGGCGGUGGACUGGCUGGGAAAGAACCUGUACUGGGCCGACACUGGCACUAACCGCAUCGAGGUGGCCAAACUGGACGGGCAGCACCGGCAGGUCCUAGUCUGGAAGGAUCUGGACAGCCCGCGAGCUCUGGCUCUGGAUCCGGCUGAAGGGUACAUGUACUGGACCGAGUGGGGUGGGAAGCCGAAGAUCGACCGGGCGGCGAUGGACGGGACGGGACGGAUCACGCUGGUGGCCGAUGUGGGUCGAGCCAACGGACUCACCAUCGACUACGCCGAGCGGCGCCUGUACUGGACCGACCUGGACACCACGCUCAUCGAAUCGUCCAACAUGCUCGGUCAGGACCGUGAGGUGAUCGCCGAUGACCUGCCUCACCCCUUCGGCCUCACCCAGUACCAGGACUACAUCUACUGGACGGACUGGAGCCAGCGCAGCAUCGAGCGGGCCAACAAGACCAGCGGGCAGAACCGCACCGUUAUCCAGGGACACCUGGACUACGUCAUGGACAUCCUGGUGUUUCACUCGUCCAGACAGGGCGGCUGGAAUGCCUGCGCCUCCACCAAUGGACACUGCUCCCACCUCUGCCUCGCCGUCCCCGUCAGCAGCUUCGUCUGCGGCUGCCCCGCCCACUUCUCCCUCAACUACGACAACAAGACCUGCAGCGCUCCGACCUCCUUCCUAUUGUUCAGUCAGAAGACGGCCAUUAACCGGAUGGUUAUUGACGAGCAGCAGAGUCCAGAUAUAAUUCUUCCCAUUCACAGUCUGAGGAACGUCAGAGCCAUCGACUACGACCCACUGGACAAACAGCUGUACUGGAUCGACUCCAAGCAGAACGUCAUCCGCCGCGCUCAGGAAGACGGGAACCAGAGUAUGACGGUGGUGUCGAGCUCUCUGGGCGGACCCAAUCAGGGUCUGCAGCUGUACGACCUGAGCAUCGACAUCUACAGCCGCUUCAUCUACUGGACCAGCGAGGUGACCAACGUCAUCAACGUCACCCGCACCGACGGCAGCAGGGUCGGCGUGGUGCUGCGAGGAGAACACGACAAACCCAGAGCCAUCGUCGUCAACCCGGAGAGAGGGUACAUGUACUUCACCAACCUGCUGGAACGCUCUCCGAAGAUCGAGCGGGCGGCGCUGGACGGCACCGAGCGAGAGGUUCUGUUCUUCAGCGGUUUGGGGAAACCCGUCGCUCUGGCCAUCGAUAACGAGGUGGGGAAGCUGUUCUGGGUGGACUCGGACCUGCGACGCAUCGAGAGCAGCGACCUCUCUGGAGCCAAUCGGAUCGUGAUCGCCGACUCCAACAUCCUGCAGCCGGUGGGGCUGACGGUCUUCGGGAACCACCUGUACUGGAUCGACAAACAGCAGCAGAUGAUCGAACGCAUCGACAAGACCACAAGGGAGGGACGCACCAAGAUCCAGGCCCGCAUCACCUACCUGAGCGACAUCCAUGCCGUCCACGAGCUGGACAUGAGGGAGUACAGUAAACACCCGUGUACCUGGGACAACGGCGGCUGCUCCCACAUCUGCAUCGUGAAGGGAGACGGGACGACUCGCUGCUCGUGUCCCGUCCACCUGGUUCUGCUGCAGGACGAGCUCUCCUGUGGAGAGCCCCCAACCUGCUCUCCGGAACAGUUCUCCUGUACCUCGGGGGAGGUGGACUGCAUCCCUCAGGCCUGGAGGUGUGACGGUUAUCCCGAAUGUGACGACAGCAGUGACGAGGAAAACUGUCCCGUCUGCUCCGAGUCGGAGUUCCAGUGUGACAGCCGACAGUGUAUUGAUCUGAACCUCCGCUGCAACGGAGAGAUCAACUGUCAGGACCGGUCCGAUGAGAACAAGUGUGAAGUGCGUUGUCCUCCUGAUCAAUUCACCUGCUCUAACGGUCAGUGCAUCGGGAAACAUAAGAAGUGCGACCACAACAUGGACUGUACAGACAACUCUGACGAGAUUGGCUGCUACCCGACGGAGGAGCCUCCUCCCCCUCCCAACAACACCAUCGGCUCCAUCGUGGGCGUGGUCAUGGCGUUGUUCGUGGUGGGCGCCGUGUACUUUGUGUGUCAGCGGGUCCUCUGCCCACAGAUGAAGGACGACGGCGAGACGGUCACCAACGACUUUGUGGUUCACGGCCCGUCGUCGGUGCCGUUGGGAUACGUGCCGCACCCCAGCUCGCUGUCCAGCUCGCUGCCAGGAAUGUCCCGAGGGAAGUCUGUGAUUGGCUCCCUCAGCAUCAUGGGCGGGAGCAGCGGGCCGCCGUACGACCGCGCUCACGUCACCGGAGCGUCGUCCAGCAGCUCGUCCAGCACCAAGGGAACCUACUUCCCCCCGAUCCUGAAUCCUCCUCCGUCUCCUGCUACAGUUCGCUCUCAGUACACCAUGGAGUUCGGUUAUUCCUCCAACAGCCCGUCAACACACCGAUCAUACAGCUACCGGCCGUACACCUACCGCCACUUUGCCCCUCCCACCACCCCCUGCAGCACCGACGUCUGCGACAGCGACUACACUCCGGGACGCAGGGUGCCGCUCAAGUCCGGCGCCACAGUCUCCUCCGCCGCCGCCAAGGGCUACACCAGCGACCUCAACUACGACUCGGAGCCUUUCCCGCCGCCGCCGACGCCCCGCAGCCAGUACCUGUCGGCGGAGGAGAACUGCGAGAGCUGCCCGCCGUCGCCUUACACCGAGCGCAGCUACUCCCACCACCUCUACCCGCCGCCGCCGUCGCCCUGCACGGACUCCUCGUGAGCCGCCAGCUCCGCCCCCUCACUGUAAAUAGCAAUUGUGCAUAUAUGAGGUUAAAAACGGGAAGAGAGACUGAACCAGGAGGACGAAUAAAGGAAACAUUUGUACAUUGAAAAAGAGAAAAGCAUAUUUAUAUAUUUUCUACAGUGUUUACUGACGACGCCGCAGAGUUUGUAUCCACACUUUGUACAUUUUAUAGGAAAAGGUUUUAUUAAAAUCAUCACAAAUAUAAGUUGCCUUAACGCGGAGACGAGAGGCUGAAGGACAGGAAGCACACGAUGGACUGAACAAACCAAAUAUGAAACCAUCAGCAGCUGCAGGAGGAGGCUCCACCCCCACGGCGGCGGCGGCGGCGGCGGGCGGCGGCCAUCUUGUGUCUGUGGUUACCAUGUGAACUGGAGGAGGACGCGGUACCGGGUGUUUGACCUCCUGGGAACGGUCGUAGGAUCCGCUGUGGAUGUGAGUCGUGUUAUCAAGAAGCAAUAAGGCACAUAUUUAUUAGCCAAUCAGAGGAGAGUAUUGACGAGGCUGCGGGGAUCAAUACGGUUGAUUACACACUACGGAGUUCCUGAAGGGACACACAACCUCCUGACAAUCCGCCUCUACACUACAAACGGAACAAUGUACGGAGGCCCAGGGGGGACAAACACUUUCUGAUGUAACAUGACUCACAUCCUCGAAAUCAUCGAGUUCAGUCGGAUUUAAACCAAAACAAACGCUUGUGUUUGACUUUCUGUUAACACCUUGUUUUAUUAAUUAACCCUCACAUACGGAGGAAGCAGCGAUCUUGUGCCUGACCAGUCUUCACUUCCUGUUUUAUUUUUACUUUGAGGAAAAAAAGAAACACAAAGGAACCCAGUGCCCACUAAAUGCUCUAUAGUAUUUUUGUACCACAUAUUGUGUAGAUAUCGUAUUUAUAAGCUAUAUAGAAAUCAUUGUAAAUCUAUCAUCGCAGUACUUUUCAUUCCGUCUUUUUUUAUAUUGCCUCAUUAUAUUUUUCUACAGAAUCCGAACGUACGGCGACAAUCUCAGAUCAGUCCAAUCGAAGAACAUAUCCAGGUUUUCAGUGUCUGUUCAUGUAAAGGAAGGACUGUUGUGCCAAAAUAAUCUUUUUUUUUUUUUUAAACCGCGGAGGAGGCGGAGAGGCCGGGACCAGCGGACGAGCGCCAGGCGGCGUCCGCUCUGUUGUUGUUGUUUUUGUUGUAAAUCUGUUUCCUCGUGACGAGCAGAAUCUUUUUUUUCGAGAUGAUUUGUUUCGUCGUCUGAUCGAAACGUUUCCUGUCGAAGAGAAAAAUAACACCAGCAUGAAUCUGACAAUCUUUUCACGUCCGUUUAUUAGUGUUUCUAACAUCUCGUCUUUUGCUUUUUUAAACAUUGCAAGCACAAAAACAACAUCUGUCUUAACGAGGCAUUUUAUUCUUUUCAUUAAAAAACUUUUUCUGUUCUAGAAAAACUGAAAAUCCUUGAAACAAAGAUUUAGUUUAAUCUAAAAAACACUGAAUUAUACGGGGCUGGGUGUCGUUAUCAUCUCACUAUACGUAAAACAUACCUGAAACUUGAAAAUUUAAUUGAACAUAAAAAAACAAUUUCUUUGAUCAAACUUUCAGAUUUUCAGUAAUAAAAUAUAUUUAUAUCUUCGAUACUCAGCCUCCGUAUUCUGCAGGACGUUAUUAUUCAAUUUAAACAUCCUAUUGAUUUCAACUUGUUUCAAGAGAAUUUUUUUAGGACAGAAAAGGGCUAAGUCCCGCCCCCUUUUUGCUCUGUGCUCCAAUCACAGUUAGGAGCCAAUAGGGGCGGGGCUUAGGAAGGAUCAAUAUAUGGAGCCAACGAAGUUCUGAAAGAUAUUUUUGUAGUUUUUAACUUGUGCACAAACUCGUUAUCUAAAGUUUGUUUGUUCACAAGGUUUUAACUUUUGCUCACAAGUCAAAUUAUUAUUGAUAAACUUAUCUUUAUCUUAUUUUGUGCGCACAAGAUAUAAAAAUAUUGUGUCCGUGGACUUUAGGGGCUUCCGUAGCGGAUCUGUUCGGGAUAAAGGUGAAAUGAUGUUUUUACAGUGUAAUAUUGUGCAUAAAUUAAAAACAGUCUUGUUUUAUCUGAACAGAAUCUCAAACCACCGAAACCAGUGACGGUGCCAGAAGUCCAGUUUGUGUCGGACCAGGACAUAAAUAUGUGUUUUUUUGGCUCCCUGCUGCCUCCGUACAUCCUCAGCUACCUGUGGUACAAUCAUCAUUUCACAUUGUUCACCUGCGCACAUACACUACAAACAAACAAACAAACAUUUUGGAGACGUUCUCAUUCUCUAACUGCACUUUACAGGACUUUUAUUUUGAAAUGAUUUCUGGUACAGAACUGGUGGUUGUCGAGCAGCCGGAGGGAAGUUGUGCAACGUUUGACCGACUGAGGAGGUUUUUCACUUUCAUCUUUAGAUCGUAUCGAUCGUCUGCUCGCUGUCGGGACUUUAAAUCAUCCGAAGGCUCUGUUUACCUCGUCUGCUCCCUCCGAUUAAUAACAUACUUAUUAUAAACUAUAAGUUUUAAUUAAUUGACUCAAAAAUCUGUUUAUUAAGAGACAAAAUUAUUAAUUGUACAGAAUGAAUUUAGGACUUGAUUUCAUAUUUUUAAGGUACAUAUUAAUAAUUUGAGUGAACCAGUGAAUAUGAAUUUCUAAAUUCAAUAUUGACACUGAUUAGUUUUAUCUAUGGAACCCCUGAAAGGCAAGUUUUUAAUUUUCUUUUUUCGUCUAUGAAAGGUGAUCAUUUAUUUUAUUUUUUUUUCCAUCUGUGAAAACGGGUUAAAAAGGGAAAAACUUUUUUCAAGAUCAUUUUUCUAAAAAAAAUAUUGACAAAAUCUCUUAAAAGAUUUUUUUUCACCAAAGAAGGGAAAAAAAACUUGAACUUUCCUUUCAGAGCUUCCGUAGAAGAAGAGUUUUGAGUUUUUCCGACUCGUUUUCCGAUUUCUUACUUUAAGAAAUUAAAUUGAUUAAACUGAUUAAUUUAAUCUGGAUAUUUUGGGGCCGGAGAUAUAAAACAAAGAUCUGCUGGCUCCGAAUAUAUUGGCAUAUUUUUGAGGACGGACGUAUUGAAACCGUUUCGGUGGGUUUCAGUUGGAUACCGGAGCUUUCUACCCUGAGCGGUGGUUUUCCUCCCGACGCGACAGACGAACGUCUGCAGUGAAAGUUUUGUACAGGUUGAAACGAACGUGGGAGGAAAAGGUUUGAAGGAAGUGGAAGUGUAAAAAGGUUGAAAAGGUUUUUGUUAAAAGCACUUUUGACUCCAGGUUUUUUCUCGGAGGUUCGACAGGAAACAGAAGUUUGUGUCGUUGUUUUUAUGAAAUGUUGUCGUUGAUCCGUUCUGCUCUCAUGGUGCUCUGCGUUUUUAUACGAUGACUGCUUUACCUGAACACCAGAUGGACCUGUACAGCCCAUCAGCUGCCACCAUAAGCUGUUGUAACUCAUCAAAUGCUGAUUUUUUCUUUUUGUUAAAUAUAAAGUGAGUGAACUUUU